AUGUCGGCUGGGGAGAUGUAUGACUACCUGAUAGCUUACCGCUUUCAAGGGCCAUCGGGGCUAUGUGCUGCAAAGACGAUACGCGAGUGUGAACCUGAUGCGCGGGUCAAAAUCCUCGACUCGAAUAAAACCGUUGGCGGCGUCUGGUCGAAAGAGAAGAUCUACCCGGGCCUGAAAACGAACAAUAUUCGAGGCGGCAUCGACUUCUCCGACUUUCCCAUGCACGAUGGCUUUGGCGUCCCGGCAGGUCAACAUGUCUCCGGCGAAGCGAUGCACCAGUAUAUCCGAGCCUACGCCGAACAAUUCGGUCUUUUGAGCCUGGUCGACUUCGAAUCGCAUGUCGCCGAAAUUUCCAAGCUCAAAGACCUCAGAGGCUGGAACGUCAAACUCCGCGCUGGCACAGAAAUUCACACGCGCAAGCUGAUCGUCGCGACCGGCGUCACCAAUGCCCCAAACCAGCCCCAGCUGAGUGGCUCCGAAGAGUUCGGCGGUCCGAUCAUGCACUCUGCCGAGCUGGGCAUGCAAGGCACCGCGCUCACCGACAACGCGAAAGUUGAAACCGUCGCCGUGCUCGGAGGGGGGAAAUCCGCCUACGACACAGUCCACCUGGCAGGCAAGGCAGGCAAGAAGGUGGAAUGGAUCAUCCGCAAAUCAGGCAAAGGGCCGGAAUGGGUCUUUCCAGCACGCACGAUGGGCCCGCUGCAGGCCGUGCGCGAGAAGCUGCCCGCCCGACGGAUCGUGUCGUUCUUCAGCCCGAACCUGUGGAACGACGGCUUCGGCUGGAUCCGUCACUUCCUCCACUUCACCCGCAUCGGCAAGACGAUUGCGCAGAAAUUCUGGAUCAACCUGCACAAGGCCACGCUCGAGGACUGCGGCAUGCGCAAAGACGAGCGGACCAAGGUGCUGGAACCGGAGCAGAGUCCCUUCUGGUACGGCACGGCCUCGGGCAUCUACAGUUACGAGAAGGACAUCUACGACAUGGUCAAGACCGGCCAAGUGCGCGUGCACCGUGAAGACAUUGCCCAGCUGUCCGACCACACCAUCACCUUCCAGUCCGGUGUGGCCAUCAAGGCCGACGCCAUCGUCACGGCCACCGGCUUCUCCGCCAAGCCCACGGUCAAGUUCCUCCCCGAGACAAGCCACUCGGCCCUCGGCGUCCCGUCCAGCACCUACACGACGUCGCAGCACCAAUUCUGGGACGCGCUCAACGCCAAAGCCGACGCUACCAUCGGCGCGUCCUUCCCGCGCCUCCUCGCCGGGCCAUUUAAAAGCCCGACCUCGAGCGACAUCCAGCCCUUCAACCCGGGCAUGGACAAGGAAGCCAACUACACGCCCUUCCGCCUGUACCGGGCGAUCGCACCCCCCGGGCUCACGCAGGCGGGCGACCAUUCCCUCGCCUUCGUCUCCAUGUUCAGCAACCUGGCCAACACGCCGCGCAUGGAACUCCAAUGCCUGUGGGCCUACGCGUACCUGAACGACGCCCUCACCCUGCGUCCCGACCCGGCCACCGUCUUUGACGAAACGGCCCUGCUGGCCCAGUACGCCCGGCACCGCGCGCCGUACGGCCACGGCCGCUUUUUCCCGGACUUGGUCUUCGAUCAGGUCCCCUACAUGGACUCCCUGCUGCAGGACCUCGGCCUGCCGUACUGGCGCAAGGCCAACAUCUUUGCCGAGGUGUUCAGCCCCUACAUGGCGCCCGACUACCGCGGCGUGGUGCAGGAGUGGCUCCGCGCCAACGGCGGUGGAAAGCAGCGCGUUGACGGCGCCGCCACCACUACCGACCGUGAUGUCAAGGUCGUCAUGGACGAGGAGGGACAGCCGUUGCUACAGGCUAACGGCAAGACUCCUUGA